AUGCGCCGGCCCGUCAUCGCACUGUCGGGCUGUCUCAUUCUUCUGCCCACCAUUGCCGCUGUGCGCAGCAGCCCACGAUUCGCCGCCGACGACGUCACGACCACCGCUCCUCCCCAGCGAAGCACCCGCCGCCAGCCCAAGAAGCAGCACCUCGCCACCAUGCCCGACGACGGCGACCACCACCCUGUCCAGACCGCCGUGCGCCUCAGCGACACGCUAGGCUCCAACCGCGCCGUCACCUCCUUCGCCUCGUUUGCGCGGCAGCACGAGGCCACCGAGGACCGCCUCGGCAGCGCCGCCGACAGGACGACGGUCCUCGCGCCGCUCAACUCGGCCGUCGAGGCCCUGGCCCGCAAGCCCUGGGAGAAUGAGCGCGAGAUGGGCGAGCUCGGCGCCAGCGCCUACGAGGGCGGCGACGGCAAGGCCCGCGCCGACGCCAACCUCUGCCGCUUCGUCGAGGCGCACCUCGUCACGCAGAGCCCCUGGCCCGCGGGCGCCAAGGCCAAGACCAUGGCCGGCAGGGAGGUCUGGUGGGAGGAGCGCGAGGACGGCAAGCGCGUGGUGAUGCCCGACAAGAUUGAGGUGGACAAGGUGGCGAUUGAAGUCGGCAAUGGCCAGAUUUGGCUUAUCAAGGGUGUUUUGAAAUUCGAGUAA